CCGGAAGAUUCACUUGAAUAUUCAGAGUCUUUAGUUCCGGUGUGCUUGCCAGAAUCCCAGUCUGUAUGUGCGCCGAAUAAAAGGCAUGAUUCUGUACUCAGAGUACGGAUACAUAGCAGCACGAGUUCCCAGCUUAAACAGACGAAACACGGUCCUAUAGUCUUGCCCAUCGGUGUUUGUCGAAUUUUUCCUCUCAAUACCAUUUUCCAGCACAAUGGUCGCGUUGAUAAACUCCAACAACCCCCUUCCAGCCAAGCAAGGCGAAGCUGCAGGCUCGGACUCAAAUGCUUCCGUCAUCGAGGAGCUCCAGAGCUUCCACUGCAAGUGGCUGAGAUUUUGCUGGCACGACUACACUUCGACCGCAAGAUGCCGUCUGAUGCCCAUGAAGAGGGUGCUCGCCAUGUUGGAGCAUGGGCAAGGUCUCGACCUCUCCAUCACCAUGGCUAGCAUGGGUUUGCUACAGUCCGACACCAUGAUUCCUGAAGUCACUGGAACCGGCAUGUAUGCCGCCCACCCGGACUGGUCCUCCUUGAGACGGGGUCCUGCUCAAGGGCAUGCCACCGUGUCUCUCGACUUCAAGGAAAGUGAUGGUUCCGACGUGGUUUUUUGUCCGCGAACCGUGCUCCGAAAGUCCGUGGAAAGGGCAUCCAGCCAUGGUCUCUCGUUUCUCUUAGGGUUCGAACUCGAGUUUAUUAUCCUUGAGCCAAACCCCGAAGCUGGGAACCAGCAGACACCCAGGCAUCGCGCCAUGCACAACGACGCCCACGGCUGGUCCAAGACCAGAGCCAUCGCAGAGAUUGGCCGCGAUGGGAGCUUCAUCAGCAUUAUCGAUGAACUGCUGGACACUUUGAGCGAUGCAUCCAUCGAAAUUGAGCAAUUCCAUCCAGAGACAGCCCCUGGACAGUACGAAGUUGUCCUGCCGCCACUGCCACCACUGGAGGCUUGCGAUGCACUGCUUCGCACACGCGACAUUGUCGAAGCUGUUGCCGCACGGCACAACUUCCUCAUGACCUUGCACCCAAAGCCAUUCGCAACGAGCAGCGGCUCGGCCUCGCACGUGCACGUGUCCAUAUCCUCCCCGGGCGGCAACGACCGCCAAGUCUACGAGCCGUUCUACGCAGGAAUCCUCAAGCACUAUCCAGCUCUGCUGGCCUUCACCUAUGCCAACCCCACGAGCUACGAACGCAUGGUAGACAGCUUCUGGGCCGGCGGCCGUUGGGUAGCCUGGGGCACGCAGAACAAGGAGGCACCUCUGCGCAAGUGUCAGGACAGUCACUGGGAGAUGAAGACCUUGGACGGACUGGCGAACCCUUAUCUCGCCAUGGCAGCGAUUCUUUCAGCCGGAACAAGCGGUGUGACGAGCCGAGAGAUCCUUGUUUGGGGGGACUGCGCCAAGGAUCCAGCCAAACUCACGGCGGAGGAGAGAGAGCAGCUGGGCGUGACGGUCAUGUUCCCCCGCGACCUCAAGGACGCUCUGCGGGCUCUGGAAGCGGAUAAGGCACUGGGCGAGGUCCUUGGGCACGAGCUUGUGCAGAGAUACAUGGAUGUGAAAAGGGGCGAGUUGAGCAUUCUCGAUCCCAUGAGCGCAGAGGAACGCAGAGAGUGGGUUUUGCAGAGAUAUUAGUGAGAUAGUCCUGG